AUGCCCAGCUGGCAAAACCAGAGCUGCCAGCAGACGGGCAUCCCCAGCUCCUGGCUGGGCAGAAUUCUCAGGCCCUCAGACUGUCUGUCUUCUCGGAGUUUGGAGCUGUCAGGAGGAAGGAGGGCUUGCUCCCGCCUGGUGCAGGAGACCCGGCAUCAGGCUCUCCGGCCUGGACGGGCGUGCAGAGCUGACUCCCUCGGCUCCCCUGCCGCCGCCCCCGAGAUCAGAGUUAACCACGAGCCCGAGCCGGCUGGCGCGGCCACCCCCGCGGCCGCCCUCCCCAGAUCCCCGUCUCAGCUCCGGAAAGGCCCACCAGUCCCUCCGCCUCCCAAACACACCCCGUCCAAGGAGGUCAAGCAGGAGCAGAUCCUCAGCCUGUUUGAGGACGCGUUUGUCCCUGAGAUCAGCGUGACCACCCCCUCCCAGUUUGAGGCCCCGGGGCCUUUCUCGGAGCAGGCCAGUCUGCUGGACCUGGACUUUGACCCCCUCCCACCUGUGGCAAGCCCUGUGAAGGCGCCCACGCCCUCUGGUCAGUCAAUUCCGUGGGACCUCUGGGAGCCCACAGAGAGUCCAGCUGGCAGCCUGCCUUCCAGGGAGCCCAGCGCUGCCGAGGGCACCUUUGCCGUGGCCUGGCCCAGCCAGACGGCCGAGCCGGGGGCUGCACAACCAGCAGAGGCCUCGGAGGUGGCUUGUGGGACCCCCGCUGCGGCUGGAGCCCAGGAGCCCGGGGAGACAGCAGCAAGUGAAGCAGCCUCCAGCUCUCUCCCUGCGGUGGUGGUGGAGACCUUCUCGGCAACUGUGAACGGCACCGUGGAGGGCGGCAGCGGGGCAGGGCGCCUGGACCUGCCCCCGGGGUUCAUGUUCAAGGUGCAGGCCCAGCACGACUACACGGCCACUGACACGGACGAGCUGCAGCUCAAAGCUGGGGACGUGGUGCUGGUGAUCCCUUUCCAGAACCCGGAGGAGCAGGAUGAAGGCUGGCUCAUGGGCGUGAAGGAGAGCGACUGGAAUCUGCACAAGGAGCUGGAGAAGUGCCGGGGCGUCUUCCCCGAGAACUUCACCGCGAGGGUGCAGUGAGAGCAGAGCGGCUGGUGGUGCUGCGGACGCGUGAACAGCAGCACCUUUUCCCGAAAAAUGUGUGUUUCUUUCUUUUUUUUUUCCGUUUUUGUUUUUAAACUUUUGAAAAGCAAAGGGAAAUUGAGGGGAGAGACCUAAGCCAGGAGGUGUCUUCCCAAAGAUGAGGUGGUUUUCCAAAGAGCCUGGUUUCGGCGAUUUCCGGCGGAAUCGCCAGCGUUCCUGAAGCUGCUGUAUCCCCUAGUUGAGUUCCCGGCCGCCUCCCCCGCCCGCGCCCGCUGGGUGGCGCCGCUGCCGCCGCCUGGGUGCCCGGCCGCGGGGCGGGGCCUGGGGGCCGCCGCGCUCCGCACUUGCCUGAAGCUUGGGCCGGCCGCCCGGGCCGGGGCCCUCCUUUCCUGGCAGCUGCCGCGGGUGGCGUCCAGCGUCCCCUGAGACCUCGGGCCCAGACACCAGCCUGGCCUGGCCCCGCCCCGCAGACGUCUGUGUGCUGUUUGAAAAUAAAUCUUAGUGUUCAAAACAAAAUGAAACAAACAAAAAUGACAAAAGUACUC